AUGCAACCCAUGAAAUAUGACCAUUUGAGUUUAGAAGCCAGAGAAUUGAUUGACCAGCAUAUUCCUGAUGCUAAAGCGCAAUCGCGCAAAUCAGUGGCUCAUCCCCACAUUGAUGAUAUCAAAGAAGAAGACGAAGAGGAUGAACGCGAGAGUGAAGAAACAGCCGAAGAAGAAGGAAAUAACCUCCAAAGAAAGAAGUCAAUUCACAACAGUAAAACCGACGAACGGUUCUUAGCUCCCAAUCCCGACUUAUUCCUUCGCCGAGAAGGAACUCAGGCGUUUGAUCCUCCUGAUGAUUUCUUGCAAGAUUAUGAUGGUGAACACUUUGAACCACCUAAACGAGUACAUGCCGGUGUUUUGUCUUCGUUAUUACAACUUUACCAGAAUCAAGAGGAAGCACUGAAGUCACAAUCGUCAUUUUCUACAUUUGGAGAGAGCAGUGCUACCACGAGUGAAAAUCUUGAACCAUCAUCCCUGAACAUUGACUUUUCCAAAUUCAAGCCUUACACCAAUGAAAGUCCACUAGGCACAUCCUCCGACGAAGAGAACGAUGACAAAGAUAGGAAUUCCCAGAUGCCCAGUUUUCAAAAUGCUCGUCCUCGAGCCCCGAAAAAGGUUACUGAGCCAGUGAGCAAAUUGAAACGACAACUUAAACAUAACAAGCGUCGUGAAGAUCGGAUUCGUAUCACCGUGCACAUUGCUGACAUUUUACAACGCCAGCGGUUCAUUAUGAAGAUGUGUCGUGCACUUAUGUUGUUUGGAGCACCCACGCAUCGGUUAGAAGAGUAUAUGAUUAUGACUAGUCGUGUGCUUGAAAUUGACGGUCAGUUUAUUUAUUUUCCUGGGUGUAUGUUGGUUUCGUUUGGUGAUGCUGCUACAAGAACCAGUGAAGUUCAUUUAGUCAGAUGUGCCCAGGGACUUAAUCUUUCUAAGUUGGCCCAGACUCAUCGGAUUUACAAAGCGGUGAUUCACGAUUUGAUUGGAGUGGAAGAUGCUGGGGCGAAGUUGGAUGAGUUGGUACUGUCCCGUAAUCUUUACCCACCUUGGCUUUGUGUUUUGUUUUAUGGAUUAGGAUCAGUUGCAGUCACACCAUUCGCUUUCGAAGGAGGAUGGAUUGAUUUACCGAUUUCGUUUGGUGUGGGGUUAUGUGUUGGGUUUUUACAAUUUUACGUGUCGUCAAUUUCUCACUUGUAUUCGUCGGUGUUUGAAGUAUCUGCGUCGAUUGUCGUUGCAUUCAUAUCUCGUGGUAUUGGAUCAAUUAAUAAUGGAAGUACGUUUUGCUUUUCUGCCAUUUGUCAAGGAUCACUAGCAUUGAUUUUACCGGGAUACAUUAUUCUCUGUGGGUCCUUAGAACUCCAAUCACGAAACUUGGUUGCUGGGUCGGUGCGGAUGUUUUACGCCAUAAUAUACUCACUUUUACUUGGGUUUGGAAUCACGCUAGGGGCUGCUCUUUACGGAUGGGUCGAUAAGACGGCAGUUUCUGAUAACUCGUGUCGGGCAGGGCAUGCCAUGGAUGACAAGUUCCGGAUUUUGUUUGUACCCAUGUUUGCCCUUUGUCUUGGCUUGAUCAACCAGAGCCAUUGGAAGCAACUCCCCGCCAUGGUUGUGAUUGCCGGUGUUGGGUAUAUUGGUACAUAUUUUGCCGGGAAGCAUUUCUCACAAGUGACGGAAUUCACAUCCUGUAUUGGGGCAUUCAUCAUUGGGAUUCUCGGAAACUUGUAUUCGCGGCUAGGAAGAGGGAUGGCUGUGAGUGCCAUGUUGCCGGCAAUUUUCGUGCAAGUGCCCCUGGGUAUCGCUAGUAAGAGUUCACUUAUCACUGGUAUCAUCAAUGCUGAUCAAAUCACCAAGCACAACGGAACCGUAACGGAUGUGCUGAGUGCAAGUAGUUUGAGUUUUGGGGCUACCAUGGUGGAAGUCAGUAUUGGGAUCAGUGUGGGGUUGUUUGCUGCUGCAUUAGUGGUUUACCCCUUGGGAAAGAGACGUACUGGAUUGUUUAGUUUGUAA